AUGGUGAGAGAGGAUAAAAGGAAGAAAGGAUCAGUAAAGCAUGGAAAAAGAAGGGGUUUUUCUGGCAAAAGACGGCAGGAGAUAGCCGACGAAUUUACAAAUGACGCCAAUCCUCGGGACGCCAAUCCUCAGAGUUUACCCGGUGUUAGCGAGGUUUUACCAACGAAUACAACUGCCGAUCGCGAAAGUGUCUCGACUAAGAAGCUUCUAAACAGUUCUUUUGAGAAAUUCGAAAGCAGCCGAGGAAUUUUGACUCGUGAACAAGCAAGAAAAGUUGGUUUAGGAUCGGCACGUGAUGUUGAAAUUGCAACCGGAUUUAAAAUACAAGAUGCCACUCUCUUGAGCGAUUGCAUUUCGGCCGCAGCAGUAUGUAGUUCCUGUCGUAAAGCAACAUCAAAACUUAAACUUUAUCAACGAAACAGCGAUAGAGAAGGUUUGUCAGAAUCAUUAUUCCUGCAAUGUUCGUCUUGUGAGGUGGUGACUCCAUUACCAACAAGCAAUCGACUAGGUGGCAAAGGUGGUGUGUCUCAUGAAGUCAACCGUCGAGCAGCUUUGGCUUCCCAUCAAUUUGGCCAUGCUGGAUUGACACAGUUCUGUGCUGGUAUGAACUUACCUCCCCCAGUUGGUAAAGAUUCAUACAAUAAGCAUCUAAUUAAAAUUGAGAAGGCUGCCAAAACCAGUGCCGAAGAAGUAAUGAAAGAUGCUGCCAAAAGAUUAUUCGAAAAGGUUAUGUCAGAAUGUCCGGAUGAUAUUGAGGAGGACGGCGAAGAUUUGAUUGCUCAUGUUUCUGUGACAGUUGACGGUACCUGGCAGAAAAGAGGUCACUCAUCAAAAAUCGGAGUGAUCUUUGUUAUCUCAGUUGCAACUGGGGAAAUCCUAGAUUAUGAAGUAAAAUCACUCUUCUGCCAUGAAUGUAAAGCUCAUAACAACCAAGAUCAUGAAGGCGAAGAGUUCCAAGAGUGGAAGAAGGCUCAUGAACCAAAAUGUGAAGUGAACCAUGUAGGAUCGUCUGAAGAGAUGGAAGCUGUGUCUGCUGUUGACAUAUUUAGCCGAAGUAUUGCAACAAGAAAAUUAAAGUAUACAACCUUUGUUGGUGACGGAGACAGCAGUAGUUUUGGCCGGGUAAAGGAGGCACUGGAUAAAAAGUUUGGUGCUGCUUAUGAAAUUAAGAAAGAGGAAUGUGUGGGGCAUGUUCAGAAGAGGCUUGGAAGUGGUUUGAGAAGGUAUAAGAAUGACAUGAAGGGAAAGAAACUUUUGGACGGUAAAUCGGUUGGAGGAAAAGGACGGUUGACAGACAAGGUGAUUGAUAAAAUGCAAAAUUAUUACGGCAAGGCAAUUCGGGGAAACAAAGGAAAUCUGGAAGGGAUGAGGAGAAGCAUUAAAGCCAUUCAGCACCACAUGAUAAAGAAUGAUGAACUAACACUAGAACAACAACACCAAUACUGUCCCAAAUCAUCUGAUACAUGGUGCAAAUACUGGAAGGACAAAGCCGACGGAACUAAGUUGUACAAUGAAGAUAACCGGUUACCUGAGGUUUUUAUGAAACAAUUGGACCCACUUUUCACAAGGCUAUCUAAUGAUGACCUCUUGAGGAGGUGUUUGAAAGGGAUGACCCAGAACCAGAACGAGGCAGCUAAUGGUGUGUUAUGGUCCAAGUGUCCGAAAACCAAGUUCUGUGGUGCAAGGCGCGUACGUAUUGCAGUAUGUGAGACAGUUGCUGUGUUCAACACUGGUGCUGCAAGCAAAGCUGUGAUAAUGAACUUGUGUGGUGUCACCCCUGGAGUCCAUACAAUGAGAGCUCUUAGAAAGCAGGAUGACACCAGACUGAAGACUGCAGCUAAAAAGGUAAGUAUGAAGUACCGAGAGAAAAGACAGAAACUCAGGGCGCAGCGAAAGUCAAAAGGUGACAAGAUGGCAUACCAACCUGGUGGCUUUGGACUAAGUGCCAAGCCUGUUGACACUGGAAAGAAAAGAAAAAGAACACCAAAACAGACAAAAACCAAUGACGUAAAUGAACAACCACAAAUAACCUUUGUUAUGCCGACUAUUGAAGUAGUUGGUAAAAAACGACGGACAUGA